AUGAACGACAAGAACCCUAUCUCAUUUGAGGAAUACAAGCUUCCUGCUGUGGGCCAUGCGAUAUCUGGUGCUGUUGGCUCUACAAUUGCCAAUCUCUUUAUCUAUCCACUUGACAUCUCCACGACUCGAUUACAACUCGAUGACACACACAAAAAGAGCAUCUUGGAGAUGAUAAGGACAAUCUAUGAAAAGGAGGGAGGAUUGAAAGGAUUGUAUGCUGGUCUCGGUUCGGAUACACUCGCAACAGUACUAUCAAGCUUUAUCUAUUUUUACUGCUACACGUCGUUGCGUAAUGUGCAAGAGGCCUUAAACAAGAGCAUGGGUAAACGAGCCUCUCUCAACGUUGCUCAGGAGUUGUUUCUUGGAGCUGAAGCAGCAUUGAUCUCGCGCUUUUUCACCACCCCCUUCUCGAACGUAACCACACGCCUUCAAACAAGCAGGAGAACACCUGGAAAGCAACAACAAGGAUUUAUCGACACAGCCAAGGACAUCUAUAACGAGAAGGGAAUAUCUGGAUUUUGGACUGGGUAUCGUGCUUCCAUGAUGCUGGUAUCCAACCCAUCCAUCACGUAUUUUGUUUUUGAAAAGGCCAAGUCUUUGUACCUUGCUGGAAAAGGUGUCAAUGCUGUUCUCAGCUCGCUCGAAGUCUUUCUCUUUUCAGCACUCGCCAAAUCCGUUGCCACAAUGAUCACGUAUCCAUUUAUCUUUAUACGUACCAGCAUGGUAGCUAAUCGCUCGGAGAAGUACAGCUUGGGUAUGCGAGCAUUCAUGAAGCACGUGAUUGAUAAGGAAGGGUUACAAGGAUUGUACAAGGGGAUGCGAGCGCAAAUCAUCAAGGGCUUUUUCAACCAAGGCAUCAUGUAUAUGAUUAAGGAUCGUGUGGCUACUUGGCUCACAUUACUCUUUUACACCUCCAUGAUGCUCAAACGACGCUCCAUUCAGUAA